AUGGCUCCUCUCCUUUUCCGCGUCGCCCAGCCGCGGGAGAAGAGAGCAGCUAUGGAAGAAGAGAGAGAGACAGUCUCCUCGUCCUUUCCCGGGGCGGGGAAGGCAGCGGAAGGGGUAGGCGGCAUGACGCCAAUGUGUGAGGCAGCCUUCCGAGACACUGCCCAGGCAAGCGGAAGAUUCGCAGCCUGCAGCGACCCUUCUUUGUCGCCUGCGUUGGCGAGUGGGGCCUCGUCUGCUGCUGAGCGACGAAUCCUCGAUGGAGACCGCGACGAAGGCAGCGCGGGCGGGUUCGCAGGCCUGGGAGAGCACGCAGCGCCCGGCAGGGGGGAGGUGAGUCUCAACGGAAUGUCUCUUGUCUCGCAGCCACUUGUCUCAGAGACUCUCGGCGGACGAAGCGGUGACGGCGCCCGUGUGUUGUCGCCACCCGCGGGGCAGAGCGACAUUUAUCAGGCCUGUGUGACCUCGUCUCAAUCGCACACGGCUCCUGACAGUCCGUCGUCUCUUCCCUCUGCGUUGUCCCUCCCAUAUGCGUCUGUUUUGCCUUCCGAGGGGCUCUCUUCAGCUUCAUCCUCCUCUCCACUUCAUUCGUUUCUUACCUCGUGUUGUCUGGCUUCUUCUCUACCUGGUUCUUCGUCGUCGUGCGCGCCGUCUGCGUUCGAGUCGGUCGUCGAGCUCCUUCCCCAGGUGUACAUACAGCAGCUGGAGCGGCAGCUCGGCGAUCGCCGGGAGGCUGCAUCUGCAGCCUCGGAUUCGUCCUGCGGCAAAACAGCGUCGGAGGACUCGCUGUCGCACGUCCUUGCUUCCUCCGCCUCCUCUGUCAGCGGAAACUCGCGGACGUCAUAUGCGAAAGACGGCCCGCGCCCUGAAUCUGGGGAUGGCCGCGCCGGGGAGCACAGGUUGGCUGGGGUGUACGUACAGCUGGAGAAGCUGCGCGAGCGAAAGGCGCGCGAUCCGCAGGACGAUGACCGCGAGGCGGACCCCGACGGGCGUUUGACUUCGGUGGCUGAGGAAACGAUCAAGAAGAUGGAGACUGAGGCCAUGAAGGCAGCGCUGGAGGGGCGGAGAGAAGACGAGGCGGAGCUGCGCGAGCAGCUGCAGACACAGAGAGAAAGGGGCUUGGCGAGGAGGAAAAGACGGAGUGAAAAGGCGCACGACGAAGGCGUCCAGUGGGAACUCGAAAACGUUCUCGCGACCGGCUUCCAAGUCAGCCAGGUUGUCUCGCGCAUCAACGAACUAGAAGGGCUGCAGGCGAAGCUGGAAGCAGAGACGAUGGUCUGCGUGAGAAGGCGGCAAGACGAGUUAGUUUCGAAUAGCCGAGCCGUGAGAGAGCUGGAGGAGCACGUGGCGGCGCUGCAGAGCGAGGCGGCGGAGACUCGCGAGCUGCUUCGCGGGUACAGACAGCGGCUGCUGGUGCCGUCGCUGCGCGUGGUGCAGCAGCAAAAGAAGCAGGAGGAGCAGCAGGAGCGGCUUCGGCUGCUGCUGCAGAUUCAAAAGGUCGCGGCACUCAACAUGGCCCUUGAGGAGUGCAGGGCGCAGCGACUCCUGCCUCUCUCCGCAUCGCUGCUGAUGGAGGCGCUCUCGCUCCCGGUUGUCGCCAGCGGCGGAAACCUCGCGAAGGAGGAGACGCAGGGCGCGGCGGACGCGCAGGGGAGGAGGCGACGCGAGCAACUAGAAAGCGAUCAAGACGACCUGGUCAUCCACUGCGUGCGCGAGGCCAAAAAGAAGCUUCUCGAGUCGCUGGCGUCGCUUCGGGCCUCCAUCGAUGGGGCGCUCGAGCUCGCUUCACAGUCGCUGCCUCCGGCAAUGCCUGCGAGCGCGGCGCCGGCGCUGUCCUCUCCGCUGGGCUUCGCGUCGUCGUCGGCGUGUCCAUGGGCGCAGUACCGCAGCGCGCUCGCGGCGGCCUCGCUGCUUCCGCCCUCCAUGUCUGUUGGGGAGAUGCUCGCGAGUCACCUCGUUUCGUCCGCGGAGAAGGUCUCCCGACAGAUCCUCCUCGCCUUCCUCCCUGCGUCGCUCUUCUCGUCACUGCGGGGAGACCGCGCACCCCCGGAGGGCCGCGAGAGCCGCCAGCGGACUGUGCAUCGCCGGGAGGCGUCGCUGAUUCUGCGGGAGCGGGCCUUCUUCUCUUCCUCCGGCUCCGAAGAUCGCGACUCGCCAGCGGCGACGCCGCGCAGGGACGCCGCCCGCGAGCCGGAGCUCGUCUCCCUCGCGCGCCUAGCCAAGCGCGUGAAGCCGCAGGACAGCCUCAGCUGCCUGGUGAAAAUCCUCGAGGCGCACAUGGACCUGCUUCUCGGUCUUUCCGCCCUGAUGGAGUGGCAUCAGCGGCAGAUCGCAGACCAGGUGCAGUUCAUCCACGCGCGCCAGAAACGGACAGAAAACGGCUGCGGCGUAGCGCCGUCCUCCACCGCCUCCAUCACCUCGCCGAGCUCCCGCUUCUCCUCGACAGCCCCCGAAACCUCCGAGGCGCCUGCGGGCGUGUCUCCGGCGCCCGCAGGGCCCCCUGCCGCUCAGGACGGAGGGCGCGAGCAGAUGCGUUCGACGCUGGACGUGGCGGCGGACGUCGCGUGUCGAGCGCGCGACCCGGAAAGCGAGGCAUCUCUCGCGGCGUCGCUUCACUUCGUGUCGCUGCUGUUCCACGUGUAUUACACGCUGCGGGCGCGCCGGCGGCAGAUUUGGGGUGCGUUGCAGCGGCAGUUCGUGGAGGCGCUGGCGCAUGUGCCGGUGGCGAGUCUCCACUUUUGCCCCGACGUCGGCGACAUCGUCUCGCUCAUCCACGGCGUGUACGCUUACCUGAUUGGUGGCUGUCGGCUCUGCUGCGUGCGCGACGCGGGGCAGGAAGAGGCCCUGGACGCCCUCGCUCAGACUGUAGUCGACGUCUUGGCGCGCGCGCCGAAAAACGCCCGCGUCUCGUCUCACCUCCGGGCUUGGGUGGAGGCCCGCGGCGGCGGGGUGGACUCGCGGCAGGGCAGGAGCCCUGAGGACGAGGCCGCGGAGGGGUCGCUUCUGCCCUCGCGCAGCGUCGUCGUGGAGGAGCUCCACCGGCAGCUGGCGAGACUCCUGGACGCGCUUCAGCGCGAGCAACUCCGCUCGCUGCUGCAUCUGCUUGAAGAGGAAACCUGGCAGAGACUGCCCGUGCCCAGUACGUUUGCCCUGUUCCACUUCGGCCUCCACGCCCCGCCGGCGCCGCCCCUCGAGGUGUACGGCCAUCCGCGCGCCGCCCUCUUUCGACACGCGCAGCGGGCGCUCUCCUGGCGCCUCUGGGGCGGCAGAAAGGAGGAUCUCGGCGGCGCGGCGUCCGCUGCCGCCGCUGGCGCGUCUGGGUGCGACAGCGAAAGCCUGCCGCCGUUCUUCCUGCAGCCCUUCCCGCCCGCGCUGCCACCCUUCCCGUACGCGCUGCAGGAGACGCCGGGCGACGCCAGCAGAGACGCCUUGGGCGGUCGGAAGGCCCCUGCACUACCCGAGGGGGGCGGCGGCCCUUCGGCGGGGCGAGGCGGGGCCUCGCGCGACCCCUUGUCCGCGCUGCUGCCAAAGCAAAACUGUUUCCGCGGGUGGGCGGUCGGCGCGCCGCUUCCUGGAGCGCCCAGCUGUCUGUACACCGACGAGCUGCCCGCGUCUUCUCCGGCGUCGCCAGGGCAUGUUGCGGUCGACAACGGUGGCCGCUCGCAGAGCCCGGUGGUCAGCCUCAGCUCGAAGCUCGCGGCCAAGGAGCUCUCGCGUUUUUUUAGGCUCUCCGCGUCGUUUCCGCUCAUGACGUUUCCCUCGGUCUGUGCAGCCGUCAACCAAGCCGCCUUCUACGUGACCCUUGCCGCUGGCGUCGCACUGCCCGCGCCGACGUUCGCGUCGCUGCUCACCACAGCUUCGCCGGCGUCGCUCCUCGCGGCGGGGGCGGAGCCUUCCGCGGGGCGAGACGCGGCAGGCGACAUGCAGACGCGCCGCAAGCUGCUGGACGCUGCGGACGCGGCGCUGCUGCAGGCGCGUUCUCCUUACCUCGGGGGUCUUCUCGUCGCGCAGGAGGCGCGUGUGCAGUUCCUGUUUGACGAGGACGCGCAAAGCAGGGCCGCGAAGGCUCUGCGCGCGUCGUCGCCGCACGCGGUGUUGAUCCAGCGCAGCGCCUCGCUGGGCGUCUUUGCGAGUGCCGGCUUCGCCGCGGCGGGCGUGGACGACGAGCGGGCAAAGGCCGGACUGGAGGCCGCGCACGACGCCGUCUUCGGGGCCUCGGGCUCUGCGGCGUCGCCGGCUGUCCAGCUCUCGCGCAUCCUCAAGCCGAUGCCCAAGCAGACGAGCCCCGGAGCCCUCUGGGGGGCGGCAGAGCGCGCGACGGCCGUCGACUCCGCAGCGGAUUUGACCGAGGAUCUCGCGCGCCAGUUCGACUGUGCCCUCGGCUCUGCGUCUGCCGCGGGCUGGCUCGCCUCGCGGCUGACUGCGGCCGAGCAGGCACACGUGCGCGGGGCCCUGCGCCGCCUGCAGCGCGCCGCCGCGGAGCUGCGGGCGGCUGCCUUUCUCACGCUCGCGGGUCAUCUCUGCGACAGCGCGGCCUUCAUCUGCGCGCUUCUCCGCGCGGCUGCCGCGGACUUCCCCUCCCGCGAGGCCUCAGACAGGGGUCCCGCCUCCGCGCCCGUCUCCUCGUCGCCGGGCGCGCUCGCGGCGUCUGCCGCGCAGCCGGCGGCCUGCAGCGUCUCGCGCGCGCUCGAGAGUCAGCGCGGGCUGCUGCGAGACUUGACGCGGCGGCUGCGGUGUGCGGCUGGCGGGGCGAUCAGCGCCCAGUCGCAGCGCGACAUCUGGCGGGCCGUCGAAGCCCGCAGCAUCCUCGACUGCGUAGAGGUCCUCAGCGCGGCGCCGCUGCCUCCGGCGCCCGCGGUCAACGGACUCUCCCCCGGCGCGCUCCUGUCGCUCGCGGACGCGCUUCGCGCGUUCCUGAAGGAUGUGCGCGCGAUGGCCCCAGAUGAGGAGGCCGCCGCGCGCGAGGCCAGCGGCGGCGGCGUGCCGCCCCUCGCGGGCGGGGCCUUAUCGAGCCCGGUCGGCGGACCCAGAGGGGCGGGACGCGGGAGACCGGAGGGGCGGGGGGACGCGAGGGGGGGUCUCUGCGCGCCGGUGGACGCGCCUUGCAGCUUCAGCGGCAUCGACCUCGCGUUCCUGGACGGGUUCACCGAGGCGAUUGCGAUGAGCGCGGAAGACGUUUUGCACUGGUGUCGCUACCAGCAGAAACGAACCGUGGAAGUGUCUCCGCGUGUGCUGAGGGAGGAGACAGGGGCCGCAGCCGCGACGGGCGGGGACAGAAGGGCCGGGGGAGGGGGGAGAGACGCCGCAUACAGUUUGCGAGUCCUGAGCAACGCUCUUCUGCGGAUGGAGGGCUUUGGCUAUCUGCCGACUGGCAAAGCCGCGGAAUUCGAGCGGAAACACCUCUCCCUGCUGGCGAAGCACGGGCAAAAACUCGCGCUGCAACAGUCGCCCACCGAGGCGCUCCCGGGCGGGGGCGUGGCGGGCGUGCGGCAGCCCCCGCCUGGGGCAGACGCCGAGCGACAAGCAGCGUGCCGCAGGGACGGGAGUCUCGACAGCGGGGCGAAAUGUCUCGCAGGAGGGUCCUCCUUCGUGAGCCAAGCGAGCCAUGUCCUCCACCAGGCUGUUCGCCUCCCGGGGGAGCGCCGAGGCGCCGCGGCCGCGCGACACAGCGCGUCAGACACGCCGCUAGGGCAGCUUGAGGCGCUCGACGCGGCGCGCAGCUUGUCUUCUCAAGAAGACUUGAAUCGCUACCUGAAACAACUGGACCAGUACCGGCGCACGCGGGCGCACGCCCCCAAGUCGGGGGAAGUGUAA